AUGAGACUUCCAAUAAACGCAGUCUGGGAUCGAGAGGUUGUCUAUGAGUGCAUUUGGAGCCUUCUUUGUGAAAUCGAGGGAUGGAAUCGAAAGGCUAGAAAAGAGGAGAAGAUCACCCGAAUCCUCAUGAUCUUGGCGACUGGAGUUGGACGAGUCAGUAAGGAGCGGUGGGCUUCGCAGACAGUUCUGGCAAUGAAGCACUUCGUGGACGCGUUGGAACGGCCGCAGCGUUGGAGCGCAUUGGAGUGGGCGGAUAUUGGUGAUGAUGCUCUGGAGGUACAGAGGACCUGGCAGCCAGGCUCCAAAUAA